AAAAGCCAUUUAUAAGUUAAAAAGGCGUACUGUAAAAUCUAAAAACAAGGUCUUAUUUAAGAAGCUCAGUUAUUUUCAACGUCGUUCUCAUUGCCCAGCCCAAUUCUUUUUCAAAUUUCGAACUCAGAAACCCCAAAUCGAUUGUCCCAUGAACGAUAUUGCGCAAUUUUUCUGCCCACUCUACUGUUAAAAGGAGAAAAAAAUCUUUUCAGAAAGUCUUGAAGAUCUCAUGGAGGAAAUAACAGCGGCAGUUCAGAGUCACAUGGAUCAGGUGGCUGAUCUUUUCGAGGGCUUAAGCGCCGAGCUCCGCAAGCAAUGGAAUGCAGGCCCUCAAGGAGGGAAAUUCGUGGAUCCCGUUUUGGCCUUCGUCCAUGCUGUCGACUGGACCGAGCCUUGGUUGAUAACGCUCAUAGUUUUUCAUAUUAUACUAUUGAUUUUGGCCAUAACGACUAGGAAAAGCAGCAACUUUCAGAUGGGCUUGUUUCUUGGUGCUCUUGCGGGGGUGUACUUUGCUGAAACGAUCAAUUACCACCUAAGUCGCAAUUGGAAAAAAUUUGCUGGACAGAACUACUUCGAUCCACAUGGGGUUUUUCUGUCAAAUAUGUGGUCUGGUCCUCUGCUGGUCAUUUCAACAAUAAUCUUGAUAAAUACUCUGAUUACAUUAUCUCAGCUUAUUGUAAAGUGGAAGAAAGCAGAGCUGAAACACCGGGCCCGUAUGUCUCGCGAAAAGAACGAAUGAGUUCAAUGAAGUUGUGCAAAGUGGCUUUUACAGGGAUUCCACAUAGAAUUCUUUUCAGUUGUUUCUAUUGUAUUAUUCUCAUUGCCGAUAAUUAUCUUCCUUGCAAAGGGAGAUCAAGUGACAGCAUAUGGAUUUUCCCAGUGCAUCUACAAGGCUCUUUCACCACAAUAGACUGAAAUGAUUUCUUGUAUUUUUUUUUCUGUUCUUUUGAGAGGCAUAGUCAUACACACUUUUUUUGGUCCAUGAGGCUAGGAACUUCUUUGUAAUCAUGUAAUUUUAAAUUUCUUAUCUCACUGUUAUAGUUGUUUAAUGUCCCUAUCUAUAUAGGUUAGGGACAUUGCAUUCCGAAAAAUAGCAAACGGUAUUUUUUAGAUCUUUGUGAGAUAUGUCACAAUUAUAAAACUUUAA